AUGACAGCUUCACUCAAAACUCGCAAAGGCAUAGCAACACGCCAAGCGAAAGCUUUGAACGAUCUUUUGGAAAGCUACAACCACUUAGCAAACAGUACAGCCAUAAAUGAUGAAUACAAUACCGAAAACCGAACAAACCAAAUCAACAAUGCACUAGUUCAUAUCCGUGCAACCCAAACAUCCUUUGAAAAAGCCUUCUUCGCAUUCGCAGAAACAGUGACAUCAACUAACUAUCCUUUGGUGGUGAAGCAUUUGCAAGAAAAAUAUGGAAAUGCAUUUGUGAUUAUCACCAACCUACACGAACAAAUGGAGGUCUGCACAGCUAGGAGUACAGACUUAAAAGAUCAAUGCAAGCUAUUCGACCGGCUCUACUCCCUCACGAAGCAAUUAGAAAGCAAAGGAGCGGACCUUAACAGUCCAUGGCUAAUGUCGAAAAUCUUAGCUAAGUUCAGAGAUGACAUAAAAAGACGAGUUCUCGAGAAAAAAGUUGCACUCUUGAAUGAUCAAACUUGGAGCAUGAAGACACAAAUGGAAACCUUAGACAAAGUUCUGAAACAAGAAGAGGAAAUCGAACGUCACAUGCCAGGAACCUUCGAACACCAGAGUACCCCAAGAAACUAG